AUGCCAUCCUCCUGUAAAGACAUCCGUACGUGGCGACACCACCUCCAAAGCAAACCCCUCUUCUAACCCACACUCUUUCUUCAAAGGCGCCGCCCUCGCCCAAUGUCUCCAGAGCAGUGACUGCGUCUUCCUCCACCGCAACCCACCCUCCGACUGCAUCCGCCCACCCCUCAAAGAAACCCUCCCGACGCAAUGCCAACAACUCCUCCAUGGCUAUGGCCAAUGCCGACGCGGAAUGGUAGACAUGCGAAAACGCUUCCGAGGCAACAAACCCAUCGCGACGAGUGUGGAACUGGAGGGGGAGGGGCCGAAUAAGAUGUUGUAUGCGGGCAAAGGCACGUUUGAGGAUUGGGACGAGGCGAGUAAGAAGAAGAUGGAGGAGGGAGAGGAAUGGGAAAAGUUUGUGAGGAAUGAUGGGAUUGAAGAUGUGAGGAAGAAGUAA